AUAGCAGAGGAUGAGGCCAGACAUUCUGGAACCUUUGGGAACCAGUACUAAGGGCUUCGAGCCACGGAACGAACUCCAGGAGGAUGAAGACCAUCCUGCUACUUGGCGUCAUGCUGGUGCUGUUCCAGGAGGCCGAAGCAAACUUUGGGGUCAAGGAAAGUUUUGACUUAAAUCAGUUUGCAGGGUUCUGGUAUGUGUCUGCGGUGGCAGCCAAAAACGUGUCCACUCUAAACAUUCCACCCACAAAGAGGAUAGGCUCAGUUCUAAUAACGCCCCAAGUGGGAGCUGUGAAUUUCACCUUUAUGGCUGAUUUAAAUGGAAGUUGUGUCCGCAGAGAGCAAAGUGACGUUCAGAUGGUCUUUCCAGGAAUAUUCCAAAUUAAUCCUGCAAUUUCUCUCACAGUGGUUGACACAGAUUACAUGAACUUUGCUUUCGUCUUGACUUCUGGAACAUUCACUGAUGGAGAAUUUAAGUUUUUGACGGCUUAUGGCCGAGCUCGGGAACUGGACAUAGAAGACGAGAUGAAGUUCUGCAUGGCUCUGGACAGUGAGGGAAUUCCCCACAAACAGAAAAUCUUUCUGAAAAACGAUGAUACAUGUGCCAGGUUGAUGAAAGAAGACUAUUUCAGUGCUCUUCUUUAAAUAUUGCCCACUGGACCCAGUCCUUCCUCUUUGGAAAGUUCCCCGGAUCCACGGAUGGACAUCUGCUUUGAGGAACAAAUAAAUGAAUUCUCAUCCUCGC